AUGCGUUCAAUGAAGGCGAAGCAUCGGCUCGUCCGACCCCUCCCUCGUCUCCUUUCCUCUGCUGCCGGCCAAUCUGUGCCGGCCUCGAGCCAAAUCACCCCGAUCACCUCUCUGUUAAUCGCCAACCGCGGUGAGAUUGCGCUGCGAAUUCACAAGACCGCCGACAGGCUGGGAAUCAGGACGACGACUUUGUACACGGAUCCCGAUAGCUCCAGCCAGCACGCCGCGUGUUCCCCGCAUUCCCUGGCUCUGGGCGACGCGAGAGCCUACCUCGACGGCGAGCGCAUCAUCUCGCUGGCCAAGAAACACGGUAUUCAGGCCCUUCAUCCCGGGUAUGGCUUCCUCUCCGAGAACUCAAAGUUCGCCGAGAGGUGUGAGAAGGAGGGUAUCGUCUUUGUCGGGCCUCCGGCGCAAGCUAUGGCCGACAUGGGUGACAAGGCACGAAGCAAGGAAAUCAUGACCGCUGCCGGCGUGCCUUGCGUACCGGGAUACCACGGCUCAGAACAAGGGGAGGAACAGCUUCUGCAGCACGCCAAGGACAUCCGGUUUCCCGUGCUUCUGAAAAGUGUCAAGGGAGGUGGUGGAAAGGGCAUGCGCAUCGUCAUGACGGAGAAUGAGUUUGCCGCCCAGCUCCGCAGUGCCCGCGCCGAAGCCCGCGCCUCGUUUGGAGAGGGUGGUGAGGUGAUGUUGGUUGAGAAGUACAUCGUCCGCCCACGACACGUCGAGGUGCAGGUCUUCGCCGACAAGCUGGGCAACUGUGUGGCUCUCGGAGAGCGUGACUGCAGCGUACAGAGGCGACACCAGAAGAUUCUUGAAGAGUCGCCGGCGCCGGACCUGGACGACGAGACGCGUCUCGAUCUCUGGCAGAAGGCAAGGAAGGCUGCCUUGGCCGUCAACUACGUUGGGGCUGGCACCGUCGAGUUCAUACUCGACAAGGACACUGGCGAGUUCUACUUUAUGGAGAUGAACACCCGUCUGCAGGUCGAGCACCCCGUCAGUGAAAUGGUUACGGGUACCGACCUUGUCGAGUGGCAGUUCCGCGUCGCUGCUGGGGAGAAGCUGCCACUGACCCAGGAAGAGAUCGUGGAGAACAUCAAGCAACACGGUGCAGCCAUUGAGGCCCGCAUAUAUGCUGAAAGCCCUGAGAAAGGUUUCAUGCCCGACUCAGGCAAGCUGAUCCAUCUUACCACACCACACACCAACGAGGACAUCCGCAUCGACGCUGGCUUUGUCCAGGGCGACACCGUCUCGGAGGCUUACGACGGUAUGAUUGCCAAGUUGAUCGUCCGCGGUAAAGACAGGGAGACUGCCAUUCGCAGGAUGGAGUUGGCUCUUAGGGACUACGAGGUCGUCGGCCUCAGCACAAACAUUGAGUUUUUAAAGAGGCUGUGCCGGUCUCCUGCCUUCAUUGAGGGAGACGUCGAGACGGGCUUUAUCGAGAAGUGGAAGGACGAGCUUUUUAAGCCGCGGCCCAUACACAGCGAAGUAUUUGUGCAGGCAGCGCUCGGUUCGUUGUCUCAACUGGUUCAUGCCGCUCCCCACGGGGGUAGUCUGGGUUUUGGUGAGGCUAGCACAUUGAGCGAGCGGAAGUUCCUCUUCAAGGUCCUUGAUUCCUACAGCGAAAAAGAGGGUGAGGUUGUAGAGGUGAGCAUCACGCAAAAGUCCCACCAGCUCUUCGAUGCCCGCGUUUCAAGGAAAGGAGAGGAGGCACCCCAGGUCUUUGAAAACCUUGUCAGCAAAUCCCUUUCUAACUCCACAUCAACAAACGCAUUGACAACAUUCUUCCCCGACGAGCGGGUCGAAUCUACCGUCGUGCAGAACACGCAGAACGAGCAAGACACAAAGAUUGUAGUGUUCCAGCACGGCAUCAAGACAGAGCUCUCGCUCCUGCCACCAAGUUGGUUCGAAAAGGCCCUUGGCUUGAAGGAGGUCACCGCGUCGGUGGUAGCGCCUAUGCCGUGUAAGAUUCUGAAAAAUGAGGUGGAAGAGGGACAAACAGUAGCCAAGGGCGCCCCGCUGGUUGUCAUUGAGUCCAUGAAGAUGGAGACGGUCAUUCGGUCACCCCAAAAUGGCGUUAUCAAGAAGCUGGCACAUAAGGAAGGGGACAUAUGCAAGGCCGGAACUGUUUUGGUGCUUUUUGAAGAGGAGGCCAGCGAGGAGUCAUGA